AUGGUCCUUUGCCUUCAGUCUGACAAACGAAAGCGGCUGGUGAAGGCCAAGCUGGUUCAUGUAGUUCGACAUGGCGAGGCACAACACAACGUCAAAGACAAGUACUUGCUGAAAAACGACACGAAGCUAACGAAGCGCGGGCGUCGCCAGGCGAAGUCCCUGCACACACUGCUGCCCAAGCUCAAGGCUGAGGUUGCCAUAACAUCGGCUGUGCUUCGCGCUUUGCAGACGACGCGCUGCAUGGGCUUUUCGGGCAAAACCGUGGUGGUCCCAGAGGCACGGGAGGUGGCUGGAUGGCCUGCCAAUGCUCCCAUCGACACGAAGCGUGCUCUAGCUGGCGAUUUGGAGUCGCAGUUCGGCCGCUACGAUUGGUCGUUAGCGGUGAAAGGCUGCGGACCCCACGGGCACAGCGCUCAAGGAUGGGAGCGUCUUGUGCAGAUCAAGGAUCGUGCACGUCGUUUGACGAAGCUCAUCGAGCGCAGAAAGGAAUCAAGCAUUUUGCUCGUGUCUCACGGCGAAUUUCUGCAACAUCUCACCAGUGACAAGUACAUGCAGAACUGUGAAGUGCGGACCUAUGCAGUGCGCGCAGGGAAGUGGCGACGCCUACGAAGCAGUAAAUGCACAGUAUGA